AUGGUGCUGGCGCACGGCAGAGCUUGGGGCCCCACCACGCUCCACGAAGCGUUUCGCUGCAAGGGCCCCGCCUUCUGGAAGCUCCUGACGCAGCUUCGCACAGCCCGGCCGGAUAAGAAGAACCUGAAGUUUCUCGCUUCCAAGAAACCGUGGACGGGUGGCGGACCUCCGAGCCCGGAUGAUGUGCGUCGCCUCCUCAAGUCGCGGCCUGACACAACGGUCCUGACUAUUUCCAGGCGUGGAGCUCAAGCCGUCAAUAACGCGGCCCUGGAAGGCCUUUUCCCGCGGUAUCCGCCCAAGGUUUGGAUUGAUGCCGAUGUGGAGAGCAAUCCCGACAAUUACGAGCGGGGCGAGCGCAAGGCCCUGGAAGCCCUCGUGCCCUCCAAGAUGCCUGUCUAUGUCAACAUGCAGGUCUACCUGACUCGCAACGUGCGCAAAGAUAUUGACUUUGUAAAUGGGAUGCAGUGUCGGGUGCUCGGAUGGGACGCACAGGCGGCAGCGCUGCGGGUGGAAACGACUACCGGCCAUCGCUUCGCUGUGUGGCCCUGGACGGACACGGAUCUCGGCAACAUAGUUUACUAUCCCGUGCGGCCCGGCUACGCAUCCACGGUGGGCCGGUUCCAGGGUGCUGAGCUGCCCCAUGUCACACUGUACAUCGAUGCACCGGGCGUCCCGGCUGCUGCCUACACGGGCUUGUCAAGGGUGUCCACUGGGAAGGACUUCCUGGUGGCAGCGAAUGGGCCAUUGACCGCAGAGCAUUCUGUGCCUGCGCGUGAGUAA